GGAAGAAUCAUUCUCACUACUAAGACUUUUUUGUUACUUCACAGAGUACACAGGGAAAUCCCCAAAAUGCUAGCAAUCAUGAUCUCAAAUUAACCAGACAUUGCUCUUGCACAGUGUAAUUGCAAUUCCCACGGGGAAUGACAGCCCUCAGUGUUGUUUGACCUGACAAGUGUGUUCCUGGCCUCUGUCACUGAGGUUUGCAGCCUCAGGCCUACCUGAGAGGAACGCCUGACUGGCCCAAAGACACGUCUCAGUUGUUUCGGAGGGCUGAAGGGUGCAAGGGGCUCCCAGGGGGUCCCUGCGGGUUCAGAGGUUCUGAGGAGUCCUGGAAGGUCUGAAGACUCUGAGGCAUCCCAGGUCGAAGGUACCUGAGGGGAUCCUGGAAGUCUGAGGGGUCCCAGAAGGACUGAGGCACCCCAGGGUGUCUCAGAGGGUCCUGAGGGUCUGAGAGCUCUGAGGAGUCGCAGGUCUGAGGGGUCUGAGGCACCCUGGGGUCUGAGGAGUCCAAGGCAUCUCAGGGGGUCCCAGAGGUCUGAGGGCUCUGAGGUGCCCUGGUUUGGGGGGGGGGGGGCGGUUCUGAAGGUCUGAGGGACUCUGAGGACUCCAGGAGGUCUGAGGAGUCUGAGGCACCCCUCGGCUGGGGGACCCCUGGGGGACCCCGACUGGGUCUGAGGGCUCUGAGGGAUCCCGGGAGUCUGAGGCACCUCAGGGGGUCCCGCUGGUCUGAGGUCUAAGAUACCUCAAGGAUCUGAGGAGUCCAAGGCGCCCCAGGGGUUUUCAGAGAUCUGAGGGCUCUGAGCGGCCCCGGGGGCGUGAGGGCUCUGAGGCACCGCGGGGAUCUUAGGACUCCAAGGCGCCUCGGAGGAUCCCGGAGGUCUGAGGGGUCCUGCGGGGGUCCCGGGGGUUUGAGGGCUCUAAGGGAUCCCAGAGUCGGACGGCUCAGAGGUCCCGGAGGUCUGAGUGCUCUGAGGCGCCCCGGGGCGCUCCGGCGGGCCCGAAGCCGCUGAGGUGUCCCGGAGAUCUGAUGAGUCCGAGGCGCCCUGAGGGCUCCGGAGCUCCGAGCGCACCCGGCGGCUCUGAGGGAGCUGAGGCGGCUCUCGGCGCCCCCUCGCGGUCAUUGCCGCCACAGCACGGGGCGGAGCCGCGCAGUGACGCCAUCGGCGGGCGCCGUGCGGUGACGUCACCACAGCCAUUCCCGGCGCCGCUCCCGAUCCCCAUCCCCAUCCCGAUCCCGGCCCCCGGCCCGUGAGGGCGGCUUGGGGCGGUCCGAUGCGGUGGCGGGCAGGAUGCACCAGAAGCUGCUGCGCAGCGCGCACUACAUCGAGCUGGGCAGCUACCAGUACUGGCCGGUGCUGGUGCCCCGCGGCAUCCGGCUGUACACGUACGAGCAGAUCCCGGUGUUCCUAAAGGACAACCCCUACAUCACCGAUGGAUACCGCGCCUACCUGCCCUCCCGCCUCUGCAUCAAGAGCCUCUUCAUCCUCUCCAACGAGACCGUCAACAUCUGGAGCCACCUGCUCGGCUUCCUGCUCUUCUUCACGCUGGGCAUCUACGACCUGACGGCCGUGCUGCCGGCGGCCGGCGCCUCCCGCGAGGAUUUCGUCAUCUGCUCCGUCUGCCUCUUCUGCUUCCAGGUCUGUAUGCUUUGCUCAGUAGGAUACCACCUGUUCUGCUGCCACCGCUCCGAGAAGACCAGCCGGCGCUGGAUGGCGCUGGAUUACGCGGGCAUUUCCAUUGGGAUCCUGGGCUGCUACGUGUCAGGCGUGUUCUAUGCUUUCUACUGCAGUAAUUACUGGCGCCAGGUGUAUUUGAUCACUGUGCUGGCCAUGAUCCUGGCAGUGUUUUUUGCUCAGAUCCACCCCAGUUACCUCACACAGCAGUGGCACAGGCUGCGCUCCAUCAUCUUCUGCUCCGUGUCUGGCUACGGAAUCAUUCCCACCAUCCACUGGGUUUGGCUCAAUGGCGGCGUUGGUGCAUCCAUUGUGCAGGAGUUUGCUCCGCGGGUAUUUGUCAUGUACUUCAUCGCUGCUGUAGCUUUUCUCUUCUAUAUUUCCAAAGUUCCAGAAAGAUACUUCCCAGAAGCAGCACAAGAGGAUUUGUGACUCUGAGGGUCUGGACCUCAUGUGAAGAGCUGUGGUGUCAAGGACUGAGGCAGUUCCUUUCCUGACUCCUGGACUGUUAACCCCUUGCCGGGACAGAGUGUUACUGCAAGCUUUGGUAAACAGAGCAAUACUGCCUGGGGUCGGAGGGGCAUUUCCUUCUCAGCCUGUUCCUGCCCUGCAGUCAAGUACCAAACAGCUCUUCCUGGAGCGGGACAGCAGGAUGCUGAGCUAACUUGGCACGCAGAUCCCAGCAGGAUGUUUUGUUGCUUGGCAGACAUGAACGGCUCAGCCAAGGAUACUCAGGCCUGCACACCAGGUUUUCAGGGGGUGUGCACAGUUAGGAGAACACUCUUGGCAGCAUGCCUGUAAAAUUGUGGGAACUGUGGGAGCUGGUCCUGGAUCCAAACCACAGGCCUGUGGACUGUGCAUCCUUCAGCCUUUAGGUGGAAGACGUGCUUACACUUCAGCACUGGAACAGGAACGUAUGAACUGGAAUUCAGUGGAUUUGUAUCCUGCUCUGGAUGAGCUCUUUCCCAUUCUCUGGGAGAUAAGAUCACGUGACAUCCUGCAGACCUAGAUCUUCACUGCAGAUCUUAAAAAUAACCUCCCCCAAGGGGGGUCGUGGUCGUGCCAAUGCUUGAAGAAAUUUCUCUAGACCCCUUCAAUAAUCUGGAAUCAGUAUUUCAAAAUUUCAGCAGUAGCACUAAGCCUGCGUCUCCACGUUUGUUGCUGUUUUGCAAUCAGGGAACCUGCUGGGGAUGCAGAUCCCUGACUUUUGGCCUUUCCCUGUGUGCAACAUGAUACUGCACUCGCAGACACCGCAGCCCAAAAGGACUGGCUGUCACAAUCCUUCCACAGUGCCAAGGCUGCUUGGAGUUUCAGGACGUGUUGUGGAACCACCUCUUAAGAAAUGAACACCAGGGAGCCAUUAAAUACACUGGUUAUUGUGCAGCUGCAGCCCAGCACCAUUAAGCUCCAGAGGUGCCAGUCUUCAAAACAGCACUGAAAUCCUUUGGACUUCCAGGUUAGAGGCAAGGAUGCUCUUGGGACUAGUCCUACAUGGCUGUGUCCUUGUGGAAAGGGCUUCCCUCUAAUCCACUGGGAGAGGCUGGCUCUGUGCAGUGACUGUCUCAGGGCAGGCAGGCUCUGUUAGUUGCCCAAAGCUGCCUCCCUCUGGGCUAAGGCAGAGGAGCAGGACUGGUUUUCCAAGGAAAUGUGGAGUGGAGGUGGAAGCUUACAGAUAGGCACCUGAACACCUUGGGCAUGGAGAAGGCAGGAUAGGAACUCCUGCUGAUGUGCUGGGCAGAGGGUGGUUCUGGUGCUUUUCUGUUGAUUUUUUUUUUUUUAAUUCCAGAAACAAGUAUUGCAAAACUGACUCUGCAUCAAUGAUUCAGCUCCCAGAGCUUUCAGCCUUUCAGUGUAAACACUGAUUUUUUAAUUAUUUUUAACUUGACAGCCAAGCAAGUUUCAAGUGCACUAAUUACUACUACUGAAGCCUGACAAGGAACUUGCCAGUGUACAAGUCUGUUUCCAGUGUUAUAUGUACAGUAAUAUCCCAGGAAUGUGUCUGUGCUCUGAAAUAUUACUGACUUUAGCAUUUGCUAAUGUAUUUUUAUAAUGGAAACCCUUAACUUCUCCAGCAGUUUUCACCAGAUAAGGAAACUGAUUGCCAAGCUGUACAUUUUUACCUGACACAAUUUAUCAAGCUGCAUGAUGAUCUUUGAUGUACAUACUGAACUUAUAAAUAAAUUUCAGUUCAUUGGCUUUUU